AUGCCAUCUACGGCGGUGACUCAUCCGGUUAGACAUGGUUACGAUCAUGCACCACUACAUCUUGAGUGUAAUAGCAAUGCUCGAGAUAUUGUCAAGUCUUUUAAGUUUCUCAACUUCUGGACAAAUCAUCAUACAUUUAUGGAGGUGGUAAAGGAGAGCUGGACUGCUGAUUUCUGUGGAAAUCCAUUUUAUGUAGUUCAUCACAAGUUGAAGAAACUUAAAAGAGUACUAGUUCAAUGGAGCAAGAACACUUAUGGGAAUAUUUUUCAGCAGAUUGCCACUAUAGAGGAUACUAUAAAGGUGAAGGAGUUGCAAUUUCAAAAUAAUGCUUCAAAGGAAAAUAGAAUGCGGUUACAUCAGGCACAGGCUGAACUAACCAAAUUCUUACACUUGAAGGAGGAGUAUUGGAAGCAAAAAGCUGGUAUGAAAUGGUUCAAUGAUGGAGACAGAAAUACAAAAUUCUUCCAUUCAUAUGUGAGGGGCAGGAGGAAUAAAUUGACAUUGAAAAGAAUACAAGAUCCAACUGGUACAUGGCUGGAAAAUGAAGUAGAUAUUGGUUCUGAGGCAAUCAGGUUCUUUAAAUCACAAUUUAGUGAAGAAAAUGCAGGAGAGGAUUAUGCAUUGUUGAAAAAUAUCCCUAAACUGAUAACUGAAGAGCAAAGAAAACGAUGGAAGAGUUACCAAGAAAAAUGA